AUGAUGGUGGACGAGUUGAGUCUAAUGUCUGACCGUGUUAGGCGAAUGAUGGAUGAAGAGGCGUCUGCUACACUCAAGAAAUCAGAUAAACUUUACAGCGGUCCUUUGACCUCCAACACUACCAUCUAUCCUGGCUCUACUGCCUACUUGAAUUUGCUAUCUGGCCGUGGUAACUUUCAAGAGAAAAAUGAUAAAAUGACACACGCAGAAGUCGCAUCUAGGGCUGCUGCAUUUCUUUUCGACGUACCUAGCCUCAAAUUAGAUACUUCAUCACGUCGAGGAUUCAAGAAUUUUCUCGACAGCACGCCUAUCUUUCGAAAGCGCACAGUCGAUUCUUCAGAUGAUGGAUAUCUCAAGGAAGCAGGAUGCUUUGAAAGUUCAAGUUGGAAAACACCUGAUGCAUUCAAUGUGGUUUCUUCAAGAGAAGCAACAAAUGACACCACAUCAGAAAGUAGCAGCAAUCAACAUCCACAUAUUCUCAGAACGACCAGCAACGUGAAGAUAUACUUCCAAUGA